UGCUGUCAUUUAUGUUAUUCAGCUUCAGCUAGAAAAGCACAUCAACCUCCUUUAGCUUUCUCAGGUUUCCUCUUCUUUAUCCGACGAUGGCAACUAUGGUGGCAAACCGGCCGAUGGAUGUGAACGGCUUGGCAGCAGCUGCGAGGACACACACCCAGGCUGUGACCAGAAACUACAUCUCUCAACCUCGGCUAACCUACUCUACUGUGUCAGGUGUGAAUGGACCCCUGGUGAUCUUGGAUAACGUGAAGUUCCCCAGAUAUGCAGAGAUUGUUCACCUGACUCUGCCGGACGGCACCAAGAGGAGCGGGCAGGUCCUGGAGGUGAUUGGAAGCAAGGCCGUUGUCCAGGUGUUUGAGGGAACAUCGGGCAUUGAUGCGAAGAAGACAGCCUGUGAGUUCACUGGUGAUAUCCUGCGCACCCCAGUAUCAGAGGACAUGCUCGGGCGUGUGUUCAACGGCUCAGGCAAACCCAUCGACCGCGGACCCAGUGUCCUGGCUGAGGACUACCUGGACAUCAUGGGUCAGCCCAUCAAUCCUCAGUGCCGUAUCUACCCUGAGGAGAUGAUCCAGACUGGCAUCUCUGCCAUCGAUGGCAUGAACAGCAUUGCCAGAGGACAGAAGAUUCCAAUCUUUUCUGCUGCUGGGCUGCCCCACAAUGAGAUUGCUGCCCAGAUCUGUCGUCAGGCCGGCCUGGUGCAGAAGUCCAAGGAUGUGAUGGACUACAGUGCAGAGAACUUUGCCAUUGUCUUUGCAGCCAUGGGGGUCAACAUGGAAACUGCACGCUUCUUCAAGUCUGAUUUUGAGGAGAAUGGCUCCAUGGACAACGUCUGUCUUUUCCUCAACCUGGCCAAUGACCCCACCAUCGAGCGUAUCAUCACCCCUCGCCUGGCGCUGACUUCAGCUGAGUAUCUGGCCUACCAGUGUGAGAAACACGUCCUGGUCAUCCUGACUGACAUGAGCUCCUACGCUGAGGCUCUGAGAGAGGUCUCUGCCGCCCGAGAGGAAGUGCCCGGCCGCAGAGGAUUUCCUGGCUACAUGUACACUGAUCUGGCCACCAUCUACGAGCGUGCCGGCCGAGUGGAGGGAAGAAACGGCUCCAUUACUCAGAUCCCUAUUCUCACUAUGCCCAAUGAUGACAUCACCCAUCCAAUUCCUGAUCUGACUGGAUACAUCACAGAGGGUCAGGUCUACGUUGACAGACAGCUGCACAACAGACAGAUCUACCCACCCAUCAAUGUGUUGCCCUCACUGUCCCGUCUGAUGAAGUCAGCCAUCGGAGAGGGGAUGACCAGGAAGGACCAUGCUGAUGUGUCAAACCAGCUGUAUGCCUGUUAUGCCAUUGGUAAGGACGUCCAGGCUAUGAAGGCUGUGGUGGGAGAAGAGGCCCUCACCUCUGAUGAUCUGCUCUACCUUGAGUUCCUACAGAAGUUUGAGAAGAACUUUAUUGCUCAGGGCCCGUACGACAACAGGACAGUGUAUGAGACCCUGGACAUCGGCUGGCAGCUGCUGCGUAUCUUCCCCAAGGAGAUGCUCAAGAGGAUUCCUCAAAGCACCCUGGCUGAAUUUUACCCCAGAGAGUCUGCAGCCCGUCACUGAGACACACAAAGGGAUGCCCUGGUUCUAGUCUUACCUUUUUACCCGCCAUCCUCCCUUUUGUUGCUUUCUUCAAUCUGGCUGUACAGCCCUGCACCUCUGGGGGCUCAUAGACAAAUGUUUUUGAACCUUCACCCACCCUCCCCUCCCUUUUCUCCACUCUUCCUUUUACCUCCAGUUCAGCUUCUUCUCAUGAAUCAGUUCACCCCCACACCAUCCCCACUUUCCCUCCUGACUAGGGUAAUAAUCUUCUGUAGAUGUUCUGUAGUGUAUAUGUGUCCAGAAGUGGUUUAUGGAAAGUGUCUGUGAUUGUAAUGUCUCCUUGAUUGCAAAAAAAAGUGAACAUAUCCUUAAAAUGAUAGAUGAGUCCUUAUUUAUUGGGGAGUAUAACUGCUGGAUCCCCCUCCUUUUUUAAAUAAAUGCUAUGUGACAUCUAUUUCCUGCUAAAGACAAGAGGUUUCCAACUCAAGAAAGUUGUUUAUGUCAGGUUUUUUUUUUUUUUUUUUUUAAAUCCCCUCAACUAUAGUACUCCUGCAAUGGAACGGUCAGUGACAUAAGUUACCUAUUAGUAAUUACCUUUGGGUGAUUUUGGAGUCAAAAACUUUAUUUUGUCCACAACCUUUGUAUUGUUUAAUAAUGGGUAACUGCUGUAUUUUUUUAUCUCAAUAGCUUCAAGUUAGCCACUACUCAGAUGUUCUCGUCACCACCGACAGUAUGCUGAGGAAAGCGUCCUUAGUAAACAGACUUACAUACUUGGGCCACAGGUGUAGUUCAGAUGUUUACUCUAUGUUGCUCCCAGAACUUUCACUCUUUCUCCCUCUUGCUUCCUCUAGCUACUCUGGAAACAAUACAGUGGAUGUUUACAUUAUUUGUGUUUUGUUGUUUGAUUUGUGUUGCAAAAGAUGCAUAUAUAAGAUUAUAUUCAACAUUCCCAUCUGUCUGGAAACUAAUUCUUUGUUGUGCAAAAAUAAUGGUUUUGUGAGGUCAUGUGUCUAUGAAUAAAUUAAAUUAUACGAGUA